CUGCGUCAGUACAGCUGCAAAGCUGAGGAUGAUAUGAAGAGUGGAAACUGCACAGUGACUCUGAAACACGGCUACGAUUCCAUUGACGAAUAUACGGUUUCUGGUUCCUGCCAUAUGGAAAAAUCUGACGGCAGCCGUUCUGUUGCUUGUAAAACAUACUGUGGUGGUGCUAUGACGGCUUAUUUGAUUGCUAAACGCCCUGCGAAUAACGCUCAAUGCAUCAAAAAUUUCAAUUAUCGGAUAGAACAGCGCGCCAAGAACUGGUUCUUGGUCAGAAGUGGCGCUUGUUUGAAAAGCAGUAUCCAGAUUGAUGUUGGUUGCUUAUUCGAUUACUCAGUCGAUAAAGUUAGCAGUUUCAGCAAUAUGGUUGAGGAUGAAAUGCACAGUAGUUAA